CACGUGACGGCUUACAAAAACAAACGGGAAUUCGAAUGUUGACGUUUUGGUGUGCUUGAUAAAAGUCUCGUAUUUCUCGUGUUUUAGAGGGCUUCAAGUGGCUGACCAAGGACCUGAGGAUACCUUAUUCCCUAAGCUAUGAAAGCAUGAAUGAGACACAGACGCAGAACGAGAGCAACGAUGGGUGCAUACAGAAGCAGCUGUGGCGCCUACGACAUGAGGACCCCACCCAGUACCACACCCUUGUUAAGAUGCACCUCUCCUUUGCCACAGACCUCCCAACAGACCAGUGCGACAGCCGUGCAAGUGAAACCACAUCAAGCCGGCGGUGGCAGCUGACGCCCCUCAUCAAGAAGCUAAGCCGAGCGGCCGUGUCCAGCAAGGGGGUGAUGGAAGGGGCGCCCCUCACUCAGGAGGGGGUGUGCCAAGUCUUCCAACUCAUACACUACCUCAACAAAGAAAACAACAUUACACAAGAGGGACUGUUUCGCAAGAGUGGCAGCCUCAGUAGACAGCAGGAACUGAAGACGCUGCUUAAUGCCGGUGCUGACCUCAACCUCGAUAGUGGCAUAUACUCACCCCAUGACUGCGCUUCUGUCCUGAAGAGCUUCCUGGCUGACCUCCCUGAACCACUGCUUACAGAAGGCCACUAUCCAAUCCACUGCAGAAUAGCUGAGAUGCUGCAGUCCCACAUGAGCCACGACCAGAAGGAGGCUGUCCAUGCCCGCCAGAUCAAGGCCCUGAGGCUCCUGUUUUUACUGCUGCCACCGGAGAAUUACCAGCUUCUGCACGACCUCCUCAUCCUGCUUCACAGAGUUGCGUCGCAUCAGAAACAGAACCUCAUGUCUGCCAUCAAUUUAGGCACCAUGUUUGCCCCACAUAUCCUCUGCCCUAGAAAGAUGACUCCUAAUGACCUCCAGUACCUCUCAGGAUCACUUAGCAUUGCCGUGGCCUUCAUGAUUGAGCAGGUCCCUCAUCUGUUUCAGGUUCCCUUGGAGUUGGAGUAUGAUGUCAGGCAGUACUGGAGCAACAAAAGGAGGAUGAAUCAACAGUUAUCUAAGCGCUCUCUGACGGAUGCCCCGACCAACACAAUAUUCACUUUCAUUGACCGUGAAUUGACCGCCCAAGCUAAUGACAAGGACGUGACGGAAGUGGCUCUAGCCGAGUUGUAUGCUUACGUCCAAGCUUUGCCAGACUCGGCAAAGAAGCGGAAGUUGAUCAAACAGUUCAACACCGCCAGUGGCCUCGGAACGCCACAGCUCAACCACAGCAUCAGCAAGAAGGCCGAGGCCCGAGGGAAGAGAUUAGGGGAGUCAAUAAAGAAGCACCUUUUCAACAAGACAGUGAAACCCUCCAAGAUAAAGUGCCAGCCUUUCUCCUCCAUUGACUACACUAGAGUCAAGCGCACCAACAGCGAAGAUAUACUAACCAGUCCCUCCGCCAGAUCGCCUGAACUGCGAAUGUUCCGCCAUAAUCCAGAACUCGGCAGCUUUCCCAGUCAGAUGAAAGCCAAAUCCCUUGAAGAUCUGUCCUCAUCUUUCAGCAGUCAUCAAUCCUUUAUUUCUGGCAGCACCACCGAGUCUUUCAUAUCAACCAUUGUUCAUCCAGCCUUUCAUCCCAACAUGAAUCCUCUUGAAGGAGCAAAGCACAUGUUAUUACCACUGGUAAAGAACAAAUAUAAGCAACUUUCUGUUACUUCUGACAGCAGCUCCAUAACUGAACUCUCCUCCCCUGUCUCAAACCCUCCUUCCUUAACCCCAACCUGUGAGACAGUUGAUGGAAGGGAGUGUUACCCCUAUCAGUCCUUUGAGACCCCGCCAGCAGAAUGUCCCAAGAGUGUAAACAUUCCAUCUAUUGAUGUGGAAAAUGCCACCCCUUGGGACAUUAGCAUAACAUCAACACCAGCCAACCCCCAGCUGGAAAUACACUCCCCCAUCUCCCAGGCCAUGAUGAGGGCCAGCAUCCCCCAGAGAGUAAUAAUGACUCCAAGGAGCCGCUGUCCAAUCAUCGUUAAUUCCUCAACAAGUUUAUCAAGCGUGGCCAUCCCCGAGGAGAAUUCUCAGACGCCAAUGUCAGAGAGCGGCAGGCAACAGUUGGCUGCUUCUGAGGAAAACCUGCACACUCCUGUCAUUACUAACCCUAAAGCACUCCUCAGUUCCCCUCCCAACACAGUACAGCCCCAGACAUAUUCCACCAAUGGGAGCAGUUCCUCCCUGGACUGCAUUGCUGACUCUGAAGAGGAAAAUAAUCAUAAAGCAAAAGAACAAUCACUCAAAGAGACUGGCGAGACAAAGUUAAGUCGCUGGGGUUCAUCAACUCUAAGACGCACUCUGAGUUCUGCCAGUUCGACAACUUCUCUCUUUGGCAAUUUUUUCCGCCACCUCAGUACCACCUCGCUUUCCCAGUUGGCAACAAAGCUUACCACAGCUACUUCUGUUCGUAGCACUGAGGCUGAGGAGGAAGAGGAAGAGGAGCGUGAGUCAUGUGAUGAUCUGGACGAAUCUCUCUCUAGUGUGUUCAAAGGUUACCUCCUUAGUCGUAGUAUCCUCACUGAUAGUCCAGUUGACCUGUCUACGCUGUACAUUGAUGACGAGGCCAAAGAUGAUGAUGCUGACUUGAGGGUUGGAAGUAAAAGUGACAGUGAUAAUGGAGAUGACUUAGGAGACUCUGCCUAUGAGAGCUCACACCCACCCAGUAAGACAACUUCACGUCAGUGUUCUAAAGCAUCUCUGAGUUCAUUGGAUUCUGCUCAUGAAUUGUGUACUGGUACAGAAUUAUCAGAAUCAUUGUUAUAUUGCUUGGAUGGUCAUGAACCCUCUCCGUCUGUAUCCUCAGUAACAGAGAAGUGCAAUGGUGAAAGCAAACAACUUAUGUAUACUAAGGAAGCACAGAACCACAAUGCAGUAUCACAGGAACAGCCUAGUGUUGGUGAGCAGCCCUCAGGUCUAUACUCCUGUUCACCAGAUGGUCGUUGCCAGUCUCUGCUUAAAACGAAGCAGGGUACUCCAGUGCCACAGCGUGAGUCCAAUCAUUCUAUUAAUGGGAGUACGUGCGGGGUAUUCUUUGAAACUUCCUUUUGAGAUUCUGCAGAGAACUAAGAAGAAUUUUUUUUGUUUUUCACCUAAGUAGUUGAGAAAAGACGAGGCUUUAAGCUUUCAUUUAGUUGAUAUUAUGUUUCAAUAUUAUUUUAGUUAUACAUUUUAUACUCAGACCUGUAUUUGCACUAUUACCAAAUGUAUUCAAUAAAUUUUUAUAUAAAUCUGUAAGACAUGUAA